UUGUUUCGGGCCACUUCACGGACCGUGUUUUUGUUUGUCCUGAGCGUGUGUGUGAGGUAGACCUUUUAUCUCUUGUUUGCUUUAAAAAUCACGAGAUGUAGCGGCUGGAAACACGGAGAAAAAUGAGUUGUUUUUUCGUGCCUUAAACUGAUAUCAGACAGUUUGUUUUUGAGGACAGAAAAAGCUUUUUUUUCCCCCCUCUCUCUCCCUGUCCUUUUGUCUGAGGCGUUCAUGGGUUUCUGGUGUCAUCAUGGACAUGUACGGGUACAGUGGGGUGUUGUUGGUGAAACGGGUCUUGGACGGGGCUCCUCUGGAAGUCACGAACAUGUCAGACAUCAGCAGGGCGAGUCCUCACGGCUGUGAUAACGGAGCUCUGACGGACAGGUUCGGGGUUCUGAUCCAGGGACUCCUGGCUAUUGUCGCCUUCAGCACGCUGAUGUUGAAAAGGUUCCGAGAGCCUGUCGGGAUCAGACGACCGUGGAGGAUCUGGUUUUAUGACACGUCCAAACAGGCCAUUGGUGCUCUGUUCAUCCACUUUGCCAAUGUCUUCCUGUCCACUCUCACCAAAGAGGACCCRUGCUCUCUUUAUCUKAUGAAUUUCCUGUUGGACGCAACACUUGGAAUGCUUGUCAUCUGGUUGGCUGUAAAGCUGGUGUCUAAGCUGGUGGAGCGCAAGCAGUGGAGCCUGCUGGAAUUUGGAGAAUAUGGUGACCCCCCUCAGGCUGCAGCAUGGCUGGGGCAGUGUGGUGUUUACCUGCUCAUCAUGGUGCUGGAGAAAGGCAUAAUCAGCCUGGUGCUGCUCAUCCCUGGAUGGUCCAAACUGCAGGAAGUGUUGCUAAGCUACAUCGCUAACCCUCAGCUGGAGCUGGCGCUGGUCAUGCUCAUCGUCCCCUUCAUAGUGAACUCCAUUAUGUUCUGGGUGGUGGACAGCCUGACGAUGAGGAAGUACAACACGAUGAAGAGCCUGGAUGACACGUGUGACGGCGCKGUGAAGAAGCCCAACUCUGUGCCGAGGGGAAGUAGCGAGGAGUCACGGGUCCUGCUGACGGCUGAGUCCGACUCAGAGCAGGAGGCGGAGCCGUGUGUCCACGUUCAGUGUUCAGGUGGACCACUGAGACCCAGCUGGGUGAUGGUGUAAACCCAGGUCCUAAAGGUUUAUUGUGAGGAAAAGCACAAGUUCAACAUCAGUGGUUUGAAUGAGCCGACACGUGCGUGAACGAGUUUCUUACUUUGUUCUGUUUCGAAUACACAAAACAUCUAAAGCUGCAGUUUCUGUUGAGUAAUUCAUUAAUUAGAGCAAUGGCUGCAGGGUGAAGUGAAGACUUAAAGAAAUCUGUCAUUUCUUUGGGGACUUUUGGAAAAGAUGAAACUCUGAGAGGCAUUUAUCACGUAUCGUAUUCCAAAGAGAGCCAAAAGAAUCAAAUACUGUCUGUAUAUAAAGGGCUCUUACAGGGUGACCACUAUGUUUCUUAUGGUUUACAUCUUAUUUAUGGUUAUAAUCAUUUAGGGGAACAUUUAAAUAAAAUGUAAGAGGUUCCACUUUUACAAGACCAGACAAAUCAGGGACCACACUUUUGAAGCCAAUAAAAAAAAGCCUGUUUAUUAAAAAAGAAAAUCUUUUAACUUUGCACUUUUUGAUUAAUCUCAGACGACACAAAUGAAUAAGUUAGUUUGUAAGUCAGAUUUUGACCAAAACAAACAUGAAAAAUUCAAACUCUAUAGCUGCAGAAAUCUAAUCCGGUGCACAUUUUGUAGCUGACUCGUUCAUUUAUUCAUUUAUUUAGCUGGUAACAAAAAAAAAAAAAUCAUUACAGCCUGUAUAUUAAUCUUUCAUUUAUCAGCCAAACAUCUCCACAUUUAGCCCAAUUUCAGCUUUUUACAAGCUCCAGUUAUUGUCAAUGUUAUAGCAUUUUCUAUAAAGUAAUGUUUUUAUUUUAUUCAUCGGAUUUGACACUUUAACAAGCUGUUAUGACUAAUGUCUUUUGUAUUUUGAAGAAUAAAAAAAGUACACAUGUAGCAUCUUAUAUUACAUUUAUUGUUGCAGGACAAAUCUGGCCUGGUCCAUUUACAAUCACAUGAAUCGGACCAUACAAUAGGUCACUCAGAUGGAAAAAACAGAUAUAUUUAUAUUGAGAAAUAAUUAUUUUGCUUGUUUCUAAGUUUUGAGAUUAAAGUCAAAAUGCUAUUUUCAGAAUAAAGUCCAAAUGGAAAACAAAGUUAUUUUGAUAUGAAACAAAAAUCCUCGGUACAAAAAGGUACAGCGGUCGAAUGAUUUGUGUAAAUAGUGAUUAAAUUUUUUAUUAUAAAAACGUUUUUGGAGCACAAACAUCUAUACACAACCUGAAGGCAAAAUAGAGACCUACAGCAUUUUAUUUGUUUGAGGCUUUUAUUUUGAAGAACCGAGGGAAGUUCUGUGAGUUCUGCUGACUUUUCUUUUUGGAAUAUUUUGACAUGUUUGUAACAUUUGCUUCUUGAAAUUUGGAUUUUGCCUCCAAUUUUUAAAAUAAUUAUAAUGUUGAAACUCAGAAACAAACCAAAAACAAAAAACAAAAUAAAAUAAAUCUUCAUCUAAUUAUAGGAUCUAAUUAAAAUAACAUUUUUUUGUUAUUCCAUAUUAGCUAAAUUAUAAUUAGGAUUACUAUAAUUGUAUUUUUGUGGAGUUCAACCUGCAUUAUUGACUUAAAUUUCAUGACUCUUUAAUUUAAAUGGAUCAUUUUUUUCUCAACUUUGUAAGGUUUCAAUUUAUUUCUUUCAAACGAACAAACAAACUAAAAGCAUCCCUUAAGGCCCUGUCACAUAGACAGUUUAUGCUAAUUUAUGAAACCUUUUUUAUGUCUAAAUUGUUAAUAAAAGUUACAUGUUUGAUCAAUUUGUUAGAAUUACAUUAUAUACGCGCCAAAAAGAAGCUUCCUGGUCAUUUUUCCAAUUCCAUCUUAGAUGUCUUUAAAAUGUUCAUAAGUUGGGAUAAAUUGUCUAGAGUGACAGGGCCUUUAAGAGCGCUACUAAAGUUAUGACCUGUAAAGAUAUAACAGCCAUGUAUUAAACUCUUGCACGUUUUUUCACAGUUUAUUCAUUCAGCUUGUAUUUUACGGUCACUCUGUGGUAAAUAGAAAUAUAGCAGUAGCUAACUUUGAAAAGGAGAGUUUAUUUAGUAAAUGAGUUCUGAAUCUAGUGAUGUUUUUGUAUUGAAUCGUUUCCCUGUAUUCUUCAUCAAAAGGUUUAAAGCUCUACUCUUCUGUGUAAUGUUUUAUUUGUAUGUUUUGUGUUUUUUUUAAUAAACCAAACUAUGUCUUGAGGCACCACUGAAGGGCUAAAUUCACACGGUGCCUCUUGCCGAAUGUAUCUUCUCUCUAAACUUGAAUAAAGAUGGCCGACCCGUGAA